AUGACUGGUGUAUCGAUAGCGGUUAAUGUAAUCCUAUCUAUAUUUGGAUAUUUAGCAUGUGGAGGACUUAUUCUAGAGUACAUACCCAUAUUUAUCAAGAGAAAGAUGUAUGGAAACGACCAAUGCAAGAAAAGCAAUGACCCAAUCCCGGAACCUAUGGGUGUGAUUUGUGCUGCAGUGUAUCUGAUUAUCUUAUCAUUCUUCCUCUCAUGUAUGAUCCUUUCAGCGAUUUUGUUGGGAUUUGCUGAUGAUGUUCUUGACUUGAAAUGGCGUCACAAACUAGCUUUUCCUACUCUUUCUUCGUUACCUGUGCUCAUGGUGUAUUAUGUCUCAGGCGGGUCAACAACAGUGGUGAUUCCUUCGAUAAUACGUUCCCUUCUCACACCGAUUGUUCCGUCAUGGAUUUCUCCGAGUAUACCCUCGUCAAUCAAUAUCCAUUUCCUAUAUUAUAUUUUUAUGUGCAUGGUUGUCGUCUUCUGCACAAAUGCGAUCAACAUUCUAGCAGGUGUGAAUGGUCUUGAAAGCGGGCAAGCUCUCGUCGUCGCCAUGAGUGUGGUGAUCUUCAACUUAAUACAAGUCAGUCGUCUUGAAGACCAACAGUGGGACCAUUUAUUGUCUCUUUACUUCCUUAUUCCCUUUCUAGCCUGUACACUGGCUCUUUACCAAUUUAACAAGUAUCCAGCACGAGUAUUCGUUGGUGACACAUUUUGCUACUGGGCAGGAAUGACUUUAGCUGUUGUUUCAAUUCUCGGUCAUUUCAGUAAGACUAUGAUUCUAUUCCUAAUUCCACAGGUUUUUAAUUUCUUAUAUUCAAUACCUCAGCUGUUCAAAUUGGUGCCAUGUCCCAGGCAUCGUUUACCUCGUUUCGAUCCAGAAACUGACACGGUGGGUAUGAGCAAGGCUGAGUUCAAAGAGUCAGACUUGAAGAUGCUGGGGAAAUUGGCUCUCAGAUUAUUCUCUUCCUUUGGUUUAUUACACAGCAGGUCAUUUGAAAGAGAUGGAGAACGGUGGCAAGAAAUCAACAAUCUAACUAUUUUGAACUUGGUACUGAAAUUUGCUGGGCCGUUACAUGAAAAAACGCUCACUAAUGUUUUACUUUCCAUCCAAAUUAUUUGUUCGUUGUUUGCAUUUUUUGUUAGGUUCUAUUUGGCGUCCUGGUUAUACGAUGUUGUUUACUGA